AUGUCUUUUAAAAAAGGUAAGGUUGCCACUCCGAAGUUCACGCAUGAUGAAGAUAAGCUCCUUACAUACCUUAUUACUGAAUGUAAGCACACGAACUGGGUUACAAUUGCUUCAUUAAUGCCAGGAAGGAAUGUCCAGCAGUGCAGAGAUAGAUGGCGCCAUGUAUUAUGCAAGCAUUCUGCAAGUAAAGACUGGACACCCGAAGAAGAUGCUUUGCUCCUUCAAAAAUAUAAAGAGUUAGGUAAAAGAUGGAUUCAAAUUCAAGUAACAUUCCCUCGGCAUACAGUAGUUCAGGUCAAAAGCCACUGUAAAGAACUUCUCGAAAAAGAAAAUCCGGUAACUACUUCAAAUAUACAAGUUUUAGAAGAAAAACCUAUGAAUUAUCCUGCUUUUACCAACGUUUCCGUUGAUAAAUCUUUAGAGGAAUUAUUUGCCUCAAUAACCGAUGGCAACAAUAACAGUGAAUAUGAUCCUUUUGUAAAUAUUCAUGACGAUAUUGUUAGCGCCUUCGGCCUUGAAAGGCAAUAA